UGACUUCUAUGUUCUCAUCUAAAAAGGGGGCUUUGGUACAAAGACUUUGAGAUUAUAAUUGUACUCACUUGCUUCCCUGAUCGAUUGAUGAGCAGUUGCAUUUAUCAAGACUCUUGAGCAAACUCUGCAAUGGACCGAAAAUAUAGCAAGGCCCCUAAUGGAGCCCAAAUYAUUUCAUUGAAGCUGUCAACACUGGAGCAAACAAGGUUGGCUGGCUCCAAACGGAAAAGGGAAAUCGAGGAAGGCAACGAGCCCAUGGAGAAGAAAGCUCGUGGAGAGYUUGCAGAUCUCUCUCAUGAAGAGCUGUCCAGGAUCUACCUGUCCAGUAAGAGGCUGGAGCAAUGGUGCCACACCCCGUUCUUUGCCACCACUGUGACUGGCUGCUUCAUCAGGGUAACUAAUGACAGCAGCAGCGACCCAGUUCACUGUGUCACAGAAAUUGUGUCUGUGGUGGAGGAGAGGCAAGCCUACCAGUUUGGAUCCACACGGACAAACCUGGCAUUGAAACUCAGGCACGCUGGUAUAGAGCAGAUUGUGUCUCUCAGGUGUGCAUCAAAUGAGAAAUUCACAGAAAGUGAGUUCAAGCAGUGGACACGGGCGAUGAUGGAUGCUGGGAUGCAAGUCCCAACUACAGAUAGAAUCACAGAAAAGGAGCAGGUCAUCAAUGGAGCCCUGUGUCAUACCUUCACUGAGAAAGAUAUUGAUUUUAUUGUGGAACGGAAGAACAGAUUCCGAGUAGCACCUCUGAAUGUUGCCAAGAGGAAAAUUCAAUUAUUUCAAGAACGGGACAUGGCAAGAAUGCACGGAGACACUGAGAGGUUGAAAGAGAUCCUGGAAGAACUGAAAAAGUUAAACGAGGGCACAAAACAACCUGAAAAACCGAAGAUGACGGAGGUAAAUCUGAAGAUCAGACCCUCUACCGUUGUUAAGUCCAGGAGAAGAGCCCCUCCAAAAGCACAGGCUGACCAUUAUCAGGGAAUAGGCCCUUUCAUCCGGAGAAGGACCAGACCAAUCAUGUUCACAAKACUUAAAAACAACCCAAAACUCUGUGAAGCUAUUUACGCUGAGCUCGACCGGAGGUACGGCGGUGGAUCCACAUCAGAGGACACCAGCUCUGUUUGAGGACUGAGCAGGGUUAUUAUGUUUAAAGAAAACUAAGACUAAAACUAAAACUAAUACUAGCAAUGAAAAAAUAA